AUGGCGAAGGAGGCAAAUCUCGCGAGCAUCCUCGAGCAGAUGAGCCGGUUGAUGGAGGCGCAAAGCAUCGCACAGAAGGCGCUUCUGGAACAGCUCGCGAAGCCGAAGGACAACGAGUUCUUCAUGGAGACACUGUCGAAAACCCUCCCAGAGUUCUCAUACGACCCGCAGAACGGAGUGGUUUUUGAUAAAUGGUACGCACGACACCAGGAAGUGUUCACCAAAGGAGGCGCUGCUUUGGACGAAGUGGAUCGAGUGAGAUUGCUCCUACAAAAAUUGAAUUCGGUGGACCACGACCGCUAUGUCAACUUCAUUCUGCCGAGGACCCCAAAGCAAGUUUCAUUUGCGGAUACAGUGAAGAUACUGACGGAAAUGUUUGGGCACCAGACGUCCGUGUUUUUCCGUCGAUUCCAGUGUUUACAAACACGCAAGCGAGACUGCGACGACUUUGUCACCUACGCCAGCACGGUGAACAAAGCCUGUGAAGAUUUCAGCAUUAACACCAUCACAGUGGAUCAAUUUAAGUGCUUGAUCUUCGUCGCUGGGCUGCACUCGGAGAAAAACAAGGACAUUCGAACGAGGCUACUGGUGAAGAUGGAAGGUGAGACGGCAGCGGAUCCGAUGACUCUCAAGAAGUUGCUGCUGGAGUGUCAGCAAAUGGAUAAUCUCAAACACGACACAGCUGUUAUUGAGAAUCCAAAAGCUGUCACGUUCGCUGUCUGUGAUGCAGUGCAGAACAACGAAGUGCGAAGCAAUCGGACUCCCAACUGGACAUCGGAGAAGAAGAAGCAGACAACAUCCAAGACCCCGCGGCGACCGUGUUGGCAGUGCGGGCAAAUGCACUUUGUUGCUGACUGCUCGUAUACAACGCACACCUGCCGCAGCUGCGGAAACGUGGGGCAUAAGGAAGGAUAUUGUGGGUGCUUCUCCAAACCGGGAGAAUCCGCAGCUCCUGUAUCGAGACAGUACCACCCAGCGGAAAAAGGAAGAAAGCUAAGCCCAAGAAGAAAGCCGAUCAACAGUUCCAUUCAAAGACUAGGACAUCCGGAGAAGCGGUCAACGGAUCUGAAGGUGUCUACAGCGUCAGGCAAACCGCUACCACUGGAUUCGGAGUUCGAGUGUCAAGUCACAUUGAAUGAAACCACCAAGCGAUCGGUGUGCUACGUGACGCCAGUGAAAGGAUUCAACGUGUUCGGCAGUGACCUGAUGGAUCUUUUUGGACUAUACGACGUUCCAAUCAACGCGUUUUGCAAGCUGGUCUCAAGCGAAGCUGAAUCGGAGGCGUAUGCGAAUGCUUUGAAGGCUAAAUUUCCAGCGGUGUUCCAGGAAGGGCUCGGUCUGUGCACCAAGACGAAGGUUCAUCUCUUUCUGCAACCUGGUGUUACGCCGGUUUUCAAACCCAGGAGGCCGGUGCCGUUUCACUCCCAACGGCUGGUUGAGAAGGAGCUACAGCGACUACAGAACCUUGGCGUUAUCGAACCGGUAGAAUUUUCGAAUUGGGCUGCACCCAUUGUUGCAGUUCGAAAGGCACAGCGAGAUGCGGAAGGCGAUCCAGUUAUCCGCGUUUGCGCGGAUUAUUCUACCGGGCUUAAUGCAGCACUUGAGGCAAACAAAUUUCCGUUACCGACACCCGACGAUAUUUUUGCGAAACUGGCCGGCAGCCAGUACUUCAGUGUGCUGGAUUUAUCAGAUGCCUAUCUUCAGAUGGAGGUCGACGAGGAUUCACAAAAGCUGCUGACGGUGAAUACCCACAAAGGACUCUUCAAGUAUAAGCGGCUCCCUCCGGGAGUGAAGUCGGCUCCUGGAGCCUUUCAGAAGGUGAUCGACAACAUGAUCGGUGACCUGGAAGGAACGGAAUCUCUGCUCGACGACGUUAUCGUUUUCGGAAAAACUCGAGCCGAGCACGAUCGGAAUCUCAACAACACUCUUCAACGGAUUCAGGAGUUCGGAUUUCGACUGAAGCUCGAGAAGUGCAAGUUUGGCGUGACUCAGGUAAAGUACUUGGGACACAUCAUCAGUCGUGAUGGUCUACGCACAGAUCCCGAAAAGGUAAGAGCUAUUCUACAAAUGCCUCCACCCAAGAACGUGACGGAGCUACGAUCAUUCUUGGGCGCAAUAAAUUAUUACUCGAAGUUCAUGAAGGAAAUGCACCUUUUGCGCAAACCUUUGGACGAUUUGCUACAAAAAGACAAGAAGUGGGUCUGGACCGACGAAUGCCAGCGUUCGUUCGUGAGGUUUAAAGAUCUGUUACAAUCGGACUUGAUGCUUACACACUAUAAUCCUAAACUGCAGAUUGUAGUGGCGGCAGAUGCUUCGAACACAGGCAUCGGAGCGACUAUUCGACAUCGGUUCCCUGAUGGUACCGAGAAGGUGAUUCAACAUGCUGCAAGGUCAUUGACACCGACGGAGCGCGCUUACGGGCAGAUAGACAAGGAAGCUUUGGCGCUAGUCUACGCCGUGACCAAGUUUCAUCGGAUGCUCCUUGGGUGGCCAUUUAUUCUCGAAACAGAUCACCAACCUCUUCUUCGCAUAUUUGGCUCGCACAAGGGAAUACCAACACACACCUCGAACAGAUUGCAGCGGUUCGCCUUGACUAUGUUAUGCUACGAUUUCAAGAUCGAAUACGUUAGUACGACCAAGUUCGGGUAUGCAGACGUUCUCUCCAGACUCAUCAGUUCGGCAGCGAAACCGGAGGAGGACUAUAUCAUUGCUUCGGUGAAGUUGGAGGAAGACCUUCUAGCUGUGCUAGAGCAAUCAGUCAACAACACUCCAGUCACAGCCAGGAUGAUUGCGACGGGUACGAAGCAGAACAGGGUACUCAACCAAGUGCUUCAGAACAUCGAGUGUGGAUGGCCAUCAGAAGUAAACGAUCCGGAGAUCAAAGCGUUCUACAACCGGAAAGAAAGCUUGACGGUAGUCCAGGGCUGUAUUCUCUUCGGGGAUCGCGUAGUAGUUCCUCAGCUCUAUCAAAACCGGAUUUUACAGCGAUUGCACCACGGACACCCGGGCAUAGUACGAAUGAAGUCAUUAGCCAGAAGUUUUGUCUUCUGGCCUGGAAUUGAUGGGCAGAUUGAAGCGUUCGUAAAGCAAUGCAAGAAUUGCGCAUCGGUGGCUAAGUCUCCAGCUCACGCAGCACCAGAAGCAUGGCCGACUCCAUCUGGGCCAUGGCAGCGACUGCACAUUGACUUCGCGGGACCGAUUGAUGGUCUUUGGUUCUUGAUCAUUGUUGAUGCGUUCUCUCGUUGGCCGGAGAUCUAUCCGACGAAGACAACGACUGCGAAGGCUACAAUACAGUUUCUUCGAAACACUUUCGCACGUUUGGGGCUUCCGUUGACGAUUGUUUCAGACAACGCUCCCCAAUUUACUUGCGACGAAUUCGAAUCCUUCUGCAAGACAAACGGAAUCGUUCAUCUUCUAACCGCCCCCUACCACCCGCAAUCUAACGGGCAGGCGGAGCGAUUUGUAGACUCGAUGAAGCGGGCACUCAAGAAAAUCAACAAGGGAGAACCUCUCCAGGAGACGUUGGAUGUAUUUCUAGCCACGUAUCGUUCGACGCCGUGCGGAUCCACCGGACAAAAAUCACCCAGCGAAAUGAUGUUCGGUAGACAGAUGCGAACGACACUCGACCUACUGCGACCAGUGAGCAAAUCGACACACAUGUUUGAAUCUGGGAAGCUGAGCAACAUUAAGCAACCGAGACAGUUCAACGUUGGCGACUUGGUGUACGCGAAGGUGCACAAAGGAAACGAUUGGUAUUGGGAAGCAGGAAAAGUUAUCGAAAGGAUUGGAACUGUAAACUACAAUGUUUGGCUGAGUGGACAACGAUGCGGCUUAAUCAGAUCUCACGUCAACCAACUUCGUCAUCGACACGUGGCGAUGAACCAAAACGAAAAUGAGGUUUAUUCGACGAAUGCACCAUUACCAUUGUCAGUGUUGUUGGACGAAUUCAACAUCGGUCCGCGACCAACGGUAAAUGAACCGAGAGCUCUUGCUCAACCUGAACAAGUUGAGCUGCAGGAUCAGCAACAACCAGUUCCCGGCCCGGAUCAAGAGUCACCACAACGCGCUGCUGUCGGAAGCCGCAUACCCGUGGCUACAACUUCUCGUGGACGACCAGUUCGACUUCCUCCUAGGUUUGAGCAUUACGUUAUGUCCUGA